AGGUGGCUGCCAAGGUGUAAAAAAAAUGUUGACUAAACAUUCAACGUGGAUGCCAAAUGUAAACACUCUCAUACCACUACAUGGGAAACAUGCUUCUCGUACUAAAGCAGACGGCAGAAACCCAAUUCGGAAAUUAUUGAAUUGUGGGAAAGAAGAGAAAAUCAACAGAUUAGAAUCUGAGGAAUGAAGAAAAUUAUUACGGAGAAGACGACUCCCCAACAACCCAAAAUGCAGCCAGAAAUUGGUGGCAAGAAAUGUGUUGAGAUAUGGAGUGCGCAGUGUGGGGAAUGCUUCAAGUGGAGGAUUAUUCCAAGUGAAGACGAGUACGAAGAAAUCCGAAGCAAAUUCAUAGAGGACCCUUUCGUGUGCAGCAAAAAGGCAGGAGUUUGUUGCAAUGAUGGGGCGGAUAUAGAGUACGAUAAGUCGAGGACAUGGGUGAUAGACAAGCCCAACACACCCAAAACUCCGGCAGGUUUCAAGAGGAGAAUGGUAAUGAGGGGCUGUGAAUCGAGAAUCGACUGCUAUUACAAAACCCCGAACGGGAAAAAACAACUGAGGUCGCCUACCGAUGUUUCCAACUUUCUAACUUCGUAUCCAGAGUACAACAUCAAUGGCCACAUCUCUCUCCAACAUUUCAGUUUCAAUGCGCCGAAGAUCAUGCAAGACACUCUUCCACCCACUUCUGCUGCUGCUGCACCCAAGGACUGAUUUUAGGAACGUGAUUUGAACGAGACUCGACUACAACGAUGAAGAACAAGUAGGAUUAUUGUUUUUGGAUUCUUUCUUCUUUCGUAACGACUGUUCAAAAGGCGUGGUAAUCAUUCAUUUAGUAGUAUGCAACACAUUAGAAAAACAUAAAUAGAGGAAGUAGGCAAUGACAUGAUAGGAUUUUGUGCUUCUUAGCAAGUAUAUUUUUAGGUAUUUAUUUUGAAUUUUGAAAUGUUUCCUUACACUCUGUUACCUUUGAUUUCUCUAUUUAUUUCCCUUCCUCUUCAA